AUAAAUAUAUAUAUAUAUAUAUAUACAUACAUAUACAUAUAUAUAUAUACAAAAAAAAACUUGUGCAAGCAUAAUGGUUACAGCGAAACGGCUGAAACGGUCGUCAUGCCGUGCAACCAACACGAUCACUACCAUUAGCACUGUUGUUGCCGCAGCAUCAGCAUCAGCAUCAGCAUCAGCGCCAUCGUCAUCGGCAUCGUCAUCAGCAGCAACGCUGUCUCCGUCACAAAAACUCCUGUUGGUUUUUUAUUGCCUGUGUAUUGCUUCUGCCGCAUGUUUGGAAGAAGACUGCGUUGAUUUUCAAGGUAAUUCAGUUAAUCACGGAAUGUUAUAUGUACCGGGACCAGGCGUAUGCAGUCUGUGUGUCUGUUACCAUUCAGAGCCGUUAUGGUGUAAGGCCAUCUAUUGUGAUCCACCUUAUUUCUGUAAGAACUUUAGAGUAGGGGAACGUUGCUGCGAAUUCGAAUGCCUGGAUCCACCCGGUGAAGAUAAUUUAUAUCAGGAACGUAUGAGAAAGCGAGCAGAAAUAUUAGCCGGUAAUAGUACAGCCGCGCAUACCAUUACACCUUUGGCCGUCUCGACAUUAUUAAUGACCUUCUUCGGCAACACUCUCUUCAAUUUAUAACU